AUUGUCCUAAAAACCUAAACCAUUGGCGUUUACCAUAAGAACCUUCCAGAAUCCAGAACUGAAGAACACGGCAGUUACAAUUCAUACCACAUUGCAAAUUCCUCAAACACCACAUAACGUCACAAUCCAAUGUGCGCCCAAUUAGAAUUGUCUUAAAUCAGCAACACUGCUUUUCUUUUUGAUUUCACCCCUAGAAAAUAAAAUUGUAUAAAACCUCAAAACCAAAGCAAACCUUUGUCUUUCUCAGAUUGUUAAAUCUCUCUCAUGGAUUCUCGAAAAUAUCUCGCACUUUCUCUCUGUUUCCUAUUCCUUUUUCCUGAUCUGUCCCAUUCGAAUAUUCAAUUGCCCGGAUGGCUUGGGGACAACAAAAUGCAGGGAUCGGUGCUGAAACUCAAGAAAGGUGUUUCCUCUGCUACGUUUGAUCCCUCUCGUGUCACUCAGCUCUCAUGGCAUCCCAGGGCUUUCCUUUAUAAGGGAUUUCUGAGUGAUGAAGAGUGUGACCACCUAAUCAAUGUGGCAAGGGAUAAGCUGGAGAAGUCGAUGGUGGCAGAUAAUGAGUCGGGUAAGAGUAUUAUGAGUGAAGUUCGAACGAGUUCUGGCAUGUUUCUGCGGAAAUAUCAGGAUGAAGUAGUCGCUGAUAUUGAGGCCAGGAUUGCUGCAUGGACGUUCCUUCCAAUAGAAAAUGGGGAGGCCAUGCAAGUACUGCACUACCUGCAUGGGGAGAAAUAUGAACCACAUUUUGAUUAUUUUCAUGACAAGGAGAAUCAAAAAUUGGGUGGCCACCGAGUUGCCACUGUAUUGAUGUAUUUGUCUAAUGUUGAGAAGGGUGGGGAGACAGUCUUUCCCAAUGCAGAGUCAAAGGUGUCUCAACCAAAAGACGAUGAUGUGUCUGAUUGUGCUAAAAAUGGCUAUGCAGUGAAACCCAAAAAGGGUGAUGCCUUGCUGUUCUUCAGUCUUAAUCCCGAUGCAACUACAGAUACACGCAGCUUGCAUGGAAGUUGCCCUGUUAUUGAGGGAGAGAAGUGGUCUGCAACCAAGUGGAUUCACGUAAGGUCCUUCGAGAAACCAAACAAGCAAGAAGGCAUGGGAGGCAAAGGGGAUUGUGUGGAUGAGAAUGAGAACUGCCCUGUAUGGGCUAAGGCUGGUGAGUGUAAAAAGAACCCUCUUUACAUGGUUGGUGAUGAUGGAAAAUGUAGGAAGAGUUGCAAGGUUUGCUCAUCCUAGGAAGAACAUUUCUAGUUUUUCCUUUGUUCUAUACAGGGCGAGGGAGAUUUAAUCCUCUAAAUGUUGUAUAUAACAUUGAGCUGUGGCUUAGUAGGAUCUGUACCAGAGUUGGUUGGACUAACCUGCCUCUCUUCCUCGUAUGAAUUUUUUUUUUUCCAUCUUGGUUUUUACUUUUUAAUGUACUCUUAAAAAAAGAAAAAGAUGAAACUAUAAAUAAGUGCACCCAGAAAAAGGAACUUGCAUA